AUGGCCGCCGCCGCCCCAAGGUUGAUCUUCAUCCUCCGCCACAACCUCCGCCUCCUCCCUCUCUCCUUCUCUUCCCAUUUCCGCCACCAUCACCGCACUAUCCUUUCUUCCACUUCCUCUCCCUUUUCCUCACUCACUCCUUCUCUCACACACAAACUCAAACUCAAACUCAAACCCAAGGCCUCCCAACAUUUUCACACCCAACCUUCAUCUUCCCAUAGUGGGACCCACCCAUGGCCCGAAUUCACCAGAUUUCUCGCACACAUCUCCUCCGCCGGCUACACAUCCACAAUUCCUCUCGCCGAUUCCUUUAUUCCUCCUGCCGAAUUAUCGCAGGCCGAGGUCAGUUCCUGCUUGGCUUUCGCUCGAGAUAGACCCAACCUUCUCAGGUUGCUUUCUAUGAGAGACGUUGCGGUUGUGGUUGAACAUGCUACUCCCUUUCUGUUCCCAGACUCUGAGGAUUCCGUUUCCAAGAUGAAGUCUUUUGUAUCCAACGGCGAUUCCACUGCCUUGGACACUAAUAAAGCAAAUAUGGUUGAUCUAAUGAAAUUUUUGCUGAGUUAUGCAAGCAACUGCUCAGUCUCUUCAGAAAGGAACAGUCUCUAUAACAGAAAUCUUGUUGAAUCCUCCAUCAGAAACCUAUUUGGUGAACUUUUCAAGCUGAGUUAUAGUACACCUGGACCUAACUCUUUUGAUUCAGUGCAAAAUCAAAUGCCUGGCAGUAGACUUGGGCAUACAUUGCCUCCUGGACAAAACAUUGAAAUGAAAAGGGGUGAUUGGAUUUGCACAAGGUGUAAUUUUAUGAAUUUUGCAAGAAAUGUUAAAUGUCUUGAAUGCGAGGAAGCAAGGCCAAAAAGACAACUGACUGGAGGAGAAUGGGAAUGUCCUCAGUGUGAUUUUCAUAAUUAUGGGAGGAAUGUAACUUGCUUACGGUGUGAUUGCAAGCGGCCUGGACAAAUAUCUUUGGGUGCCACCAAUAAUACGUCACAUCCAGGUGUAGCAGACGAUGAAGAUUUUCCGGAAAUAAUGCCUUUAAGGAAAGGAGUUAAUAGAUUUGUUGUAAGCACAAGGAAAACUCCAUUAGAGAGGAGGUUGACCAAUGCUCAAUACAAGAGAAACCUGGGAAAUAACGACACUCCCGGAGUGGAGGAUUUUAGAUCUGGGGAAUCAGUCAAGUCCCACAAUACGCUGGAUGAUAUUCUAGGUCGUUCAACUGGAAUUCAUCAAUAUGACUAUAAAAAUAUGGGUGCUGAACAAAAUUUUAGUAGAGAAAGCUCACCUUCAAUUGCUAGCAAUACUUCCAAUUUCAACGAUGCUAAAGGAAGCAACACUACUACCCUUCCCCCCUUUCCAUCAUACGCCAGUUCUGGUGACACUGACAGUACACAACUUUCUAAUAACUCUUCAAGUGAAAAUAUCAUUAAGGAUAAGGAGAAAGAGCAAGCUGAAAAAUCUGAUAGAUGGUUUAGAAAGAUCGCAGAGCUGAAUGAUGUUCCAGAUAUAACAAGUGCAAUAUCCGAUGAUGAUUUCCCUGAAAUAAUGCCGAUGCGUAAAGGAGAAAACAGAUUUGUUGUUAGCAAGAAAAAAGACCGGUCCUUGACAACACCGGCAUAUAAGAGACGUUUGGCCAUGGAGCAAUCUGGCAAUACCAACUUUGUCCCUUUUGUACCCUUCCCACCAGAUUACUUUGCCAAAAAGGACAAGCCACAGGCGGAUGGAACACACUCAACAGAUAAGUCCAAUGUUGAAUCAUCCUCAAUACCUGAACCGGCUGAGACGUCAAGUGACACUAGAGCUAGACCUGAACAGAGGCCAGAACCUUCUUCUGAUCAUAGUUUAAAUAAUAAUAAUAAUCAUGUUAGCUCUAGCUAUGGGGCUACAAGUAGUGGAAAUUCAAACCAGGGUUUUAGUCUAGAUAGUAAUCCGAAUUUGACAGAGAAGUCAUCCGCAGGCUCGGCAUCUGAGAACCAGAGUGUUGGAACAGAAUGGACAGGGAAGAGUUUAGAGGGGUCGGCGGUCAGGGAACCUGAUCCUUUGGACAUGUCAGAGGAGGCGAAAGCAGAGAGGUGGUUUCGUCGUGUUGCACAGAUAAAGGAUAUCUCUGAGCUCAGUCAGAUUCCAGAUGAAGAUUUUCCCUCAAUAAUGCCCAUGCGUAAAGGGGUGAACAGAUUUGUUGUGAGUAAGAGGAAAACACCAUUGGAAAGGAGAUUGACAUCUCAGCAGUACAGAAGAAAUCUUCCAGUUGUGAGCUCAGAUCCUGUUAAGAGAGAAAAUGAAGGUAGCUGA